UUAACUUUGUUUUCAGUAAAACUUUUGCUAUUAAAUUGAAUUUAUCAAUGUGGACAUAUUUUUUGUUUCAUUUGUUCUGCACUUUUACUUGUUUGGCCUAUCCAAUUUGUGAAUUUAUUCGUUGGAAAUCCCUUGAUGAAACAAUACGUACCUCUGAUUUGCACUCACCUGAAGAACAAAUUGUGCUAUUUUGGACAGGAAUAUGGCAAUUAAAUUAUUUUGCAUGUGCCCCAAUUGCAACCUUUAUUCUUAUGUUGGAUCGUUGUUUGAUUCUUUGGUCUACCGCUAUAAAUUUUAAUAAAUACUUUGAAACACUAUUUAAAUGGAUGGGACCUUGUUGCUUGAUACUUUGCUACUUAAUAAGUUUAAUACUUUAUUUGAAUGAACUUCCAUUAAAUAGAACAGCUACACAGACUUGUCGUUAUGUAGAUUGCUUAAUGACUGUUUAUGAAAAUAGAUUUCAACUUUUUAUUAAAAAUAUGUUUGGAUUUGCAAAUCUUAUUUGUUGCAUUUUUUUCUUUUGGUCUUUAAAACAUUUUGCAAGUCAAUCACAAAGCGCAGCUAUGAUUUUGAAAAAUCGUAUGGUCAAAUUUGCAAUUUACAUGGAAAUUCUUUUUGAAGUUCCAAUCACACCUUCUGUGUCUAUAGCUAAUGAAAUGGCAAUUACUUUAUGUACUGUAGAUGCUUCAAUUUGUAGUAUUUAUUACACAUAUAUAUUUGGUCAGAAAUCUCCAACAAAUAUAGCCAAGCAACAAACGCCUGUCCAACAACCGCCUGUAAUUAUUAGAAGAAGAUCGAUGAUUCCGAAGAAUAUCAGCGCUCAGAUUUAA